ACCUCGCUUCCUCUCUCCUUCCUCCAAAUUAACCCAACCCCCCUUUUUAAGCCUUCUUACACAAAAAUAGCACAAACCGCAAACACACCACAACACGCACUCUGCGUGAAACAUAUAUAGAUAGAGAGAGAAAAUGGAUAGUUUGAGUUUCGAUAAUUUUCAUGCAAGGAAGAGAAAUGCUAUGGUGAAGCUGGUUAAGGGGAAGGAGAUUGCGGUCCAGCUUCAAACCCUUCUCCGCGAACCGGUCCAAGAUCGCGGACCGGUUUCUGCGGAGAAGCUCGCCUUCCAAAUCUACAGAUCUUUCUCCGAUUCUCUCUCCGAGCUCAGCUCCUGCACCUCCGACCAGAUCCCCGCCGCUGACGGCGCCGCCUCCGCCUCCUCCGGCGACUCCGGCAGCAAGAAGAAGCGCGCGGUCAAAGACCGGCGGGGCUGCUACAAACGGAGAAGGACCUCAGAUUCAUGGGAAAAGCUAUCUCCAUCUAUGGAAGAUAAUUAUGCUUGGAGAAAAUAUGGACAGAAGGCCAUCUUUGGUGCCGAAUAUCCAAGGAGCUACUUCAGGUGCACCCACAAGAAAGAAGGCUGCAAAGCUCUAAAGCAAGUGCAAAGAAUCAAAGGGGAUGAAGUCAUGUACCAGACCACAUACUUGAACCACCACACAUGCAAUGAGACACUAAGGGCCCCUCCACUCAUGGUGGAUUCCGACCCAAUUGACCCGAACCUGAUCAGCUUUCAGACAAGCAACCCAUCCGAACAAGACAAACAUGGCCAAUUUUGCAAUAAUGCCACCAAAAAACCCUUGGUUGUCUCAUCGGUGAAACGCGAGGAGUGUGUGAGCGAGGACGUGUCAAACGAGGCCAAAUCUACGUUGGAGGACCCGUGGCACGACAUCACUGGGCUCGACUACGAGCUAGUGUGGGCCCCCUACCAAGAUGAAGUCGAAUCUGCUACUUUGCAUGGGCUUGAUAUGGAAGUUGAUCAGCUUUGCGACAUACAUAAUUUCAAGUAUUUUGAUUAAAUGUAUUGAGCUUUUUUGUUUUCUUUCUCCCCCUAGUGUAUAGUACAUACGAAAUAUUAUUACAUUGGGGUGUAAUAAUGUUGGCCUUCCUAAAUGGAAGUUGUGUGCACUAGUAAUUAAAUUUUGUACAGUUUUUAUUGAGAUUUUGAUAAAGUUCCUGAAAUGGUUGUUUA